UGUACUACGUGCUCCCUCUAACCCAAACCAACAAUAAAUGCACCACCACCAACGCCUCCUCUCCUUCUACGGUGAGAGACCACAGGAGAGGUGUUCGACGUCGGGGCCCCGCCCGUCCCCACCGCUGUUGUGGACCCUCAGCAUCCCUUCUUUCUUCUCCCCUUCUCCUCAGAACCGGAACAAACACCUUGUGGAACAAGAAAACCUAACUCAAUAUGAGCCUCCUUCUCCUAUUCUCCUUCUUCUUCUUCUUCUUCUUUGGCGCGGCCGUCACGGCGGCGAGCGGCGGCGACGGUGGCAGCGCGUACGAGGUGCUGCGGUCCCACGGCCUGCCCAUCGGGCUGCUGCCCAAGGGGGUGCGGGAGUUCUACGUGGACGGGGAGGGGCGGUUCGAGGCGCGGCUGUACGCGCCGUGCACGGCCAAGUUCGAGAGCGAGGUGCGGUACAACGCCAGCAUCGUUGGCACCAUCUCGCCUGGCCAGAUCGCUGGCCUCUCCGGCGUCGCGGCCCAGGACCUCUUCCUCUGGUUCCCCGUCCGCGCCAUCCGCCUCGACGACCAGGCCUCCGGCAUCAUCCAUUUCGACGUCGGCGUCGUUGACAAGCGCUUCACCCUCUCCCUCUUCGAGUUCCCUCCCGACUGCGCCCCCGCCUUCGUCGCCGAGAGCCAAUCCGGUGAGCUCCACUACCGUCUCGAUCAACUCGAUCCUCAACACGUUGCCGUCUGAAACGAGCCCUGCCGUCCCCGUUAGUAAAGGUCCUAAAUAGCUUGCCUUUGGCUUGCUUAUGUGUGCGCUUCUUGUGUGUUGCGGACCUGUGAGGCUCUGCUUUCAUUCGAGCUGAAAGACUGCUCUUUUUUUGGUUGAAUGAUGAUGGAGUCGGCACCCCCAAAAUGUGCAAGCGAUCCAAUGAAAUCGGAUGAGAGAGCAUCCGAUGUUGGUAAGAGAAUCGAGGGCUAUUCUUUUUCCAACCAGUGCAUUAUCAUAUCAAUGCUUAUAACAGUUCUUAGUGGUGAUGAUACUAUCGAUUAUGCCGGUAGAAGACCACAUGUAUGCAGUGGAGAGUCUGGGACUUGAUACACUGCAAAAUGUUUACCUUCUUGUAUUUGUGAGUGAGUAAUGCAUCGAGUUUUUGUGUAUAUGCAGGAAUCAUUUCUCUGUAUGUAAUCUAUAGGCAAUUAUUGUAUCUGAGUAAUAUAUAUAUAUCUUCUCUUGAUUGCUGAAA